CCUCUGGGGGUGGUGGCGGGGCUGGCAGGUAGGGCACCGACGGGAAGCGGGAGAAGGUCCCAGCUGCUGAGGAGCCUUCAUCUGUCAUCAGUCCCUUCCUUCCUCCAACCUGCCUCCGUUCCCGUACUCUCUCUCCACAUUCUUGGGGCUGAUCGGAAGCAAAAGGGCAAAGGGGCACACGCAGCAGAGUCAGGUCCCGAAAUCACCAGGGGAUUUCUUUUGCGGGUGAGAAGGUGAAAAGGAACAACAGUGACCAGACUCUGGCUCCAGCACCAAUGGCUUCAGCCAGCGGCUAAGGCAGCCGCGAUGACACUUUCUCAAAGUGAAAGCGAAAGUCAAGUAGGCGGAGAGGACUGACGGGGCCAGGCGGCCAACCAGGCAGGGGUGUUUGGAGCCCCUUCUCCAGCCGACCCCUGGCCAGCGGGGGGACUGAAGAAGGGCGGCGGGGGAGGAGGGCCCGAGAACAGCCCCCAUGGGCGCCGAGGGGUGGUGCCUAUUGCUGUGCUUGGCUUUCUCCAGCGCGGCAAACGUCGCAGAAAGGCAAUGGCAGGCAGUGGACGUGGUCCUGGACUGCUUCCUGAUGGAAGAAGGUGGGCACCAUGGAGGGUUUGCCAGCAGUGAGAACAUGGUGAAGGCCGUGCUGGUGCUGAGGCAGGUACCAGUGCCAGAUGAUGGCUCCCUGGAAGGCCUCACGAAUUUCCAAGUGGAUACACUGGCCAAGGACGACCCACUCAUUACUUUCGAGGCCUCAGUGAACCCAGUACAGAUUCCCCAGGCCGAGGCCCUGCUCCACGCCGACUGCAGUGGGAAGGAGGUGACCUGUGAGAUCUCCCGCUAUUUCCUCCAGGCCAGGCCAGAGGCCACCAUGGAGAUGGCAGCCUGGUUCAUCACCAACGUGCAGGUAUCUGGAGGGGGACCUGGUGUCUCCAUGGUGAUGAAGACUCUUGAGGAUGCUGAGAAUGAGGCUGUCUUGCAUCCCACACUGAAACUGCCCCUAAGCCCCCAGGGGACGGUGCGGACUGCAGUGGAGUUCCAGGUGACCACACAGACGCCAUCCCUGAAUUUCCUGCUGGGGUCCACAGCCUCCCUACACUGUGGCUACUCCGUGGCACCUGGUUUGGACGUUACCAGCGUGGAGUGGCGGCUGCAGCAUAAGGGCAGUGGCCAGCUGGUAUACCACUGGACCACAGGGCAGGGGCAGGCCAAGCGGGAGGGUGCCACCCUGGAACCUGAGCAGCUGCUCACAGCUGGAGAUGCCUCCCUCACGCUACCCAGCCUCACUCUACAGGAUGAGGGGGCCUACAUCUGCCAGAUCACCACCUCCCUGUUCCGAGCUCAACAGGUCAUCCAGCUCUACAUCCAAGCUUCCCCCAAAGUACGACUGAGCUUGGUGAACGCAGCCCCGCCAGCCACCCUCAUCUGCAGUGUUGCUGGCUACUACCCCCUGGAUGUGUCUGUGACCUGGACCCGGGAGGAGCAGGGUGGCUCCCCGGCCCCCGUCUCUGGCGCCUACCUCUCCAGCCUCCGGCAGAGCCCAGCCGGCACCUACAGCAUCUCCUCCUCCCUGACGGCAGAGCCUGGCCCUGCGGGAGCCACCUACACCUGCCAGGUCACCCAUAUCUCCCUGGAGGAACCCCUGGGGGCCCACACCUGGGUUGCCCCACCAGCUGCAGAGCAGAAGUCAGCCCUGGGAGUCCUUCUGGCCAGCAUCCUCUUCGUCCUGACCCUGCUGUUCCUGGGGCUGCAGAGACGCCAAGCUACCUCACCAAGGUCUCCCAAAACCUUGAGGCACUCUGGGUAGCCGCUCUCCUGCCUUAAAUGUAAGAGAUUCACAUUCUCCCAGAAGGGCUCUGAGCCGAGUCCCGGACUCCAAAAGGCCCCAAGGAAACUAAAAAGAAGGCAUGGAUCACUGACUCCAGAUUUCUGCAGGCCCCUGCCCUCCUUCACUGCGCACCCUGGACUGAUAUACCAAGGCAGAGAGCGUGGAGAGGUGGCAGGGUGGCAGGAAGGCAGAGGUCUGGGUAGAGCUUGAGACCUGAGCCAGCUUGGAGGUUAGAGGUGUGGUGCUGGAAAAGAUGCCAGAAAAAAAAAUUCAGAAAAGAUCAGGGGAAGGACAGUGGAACAGGGUGGGAAUUGGACAAACACACACAGUCACUGAACUCUGUCCAAAUAAAAGCCCCUCAUGUCCUUGGAAGCAAAGCUUCUCCACUUCCCUGUCUUUUCCCACUUGGGGCCCCGCCUCCAAGGCUUGCUACUGUACCUGCCAAGUGUCCGAGAUGUGAAACAGAGACCCUCAGAGGUGGCCCCCAGGGCCCCGUCUCAGCUGCUGUGUGUAACGCUGAGCUGUGGUUAAGCUCCUGCCCCUUUGGAUGGCUGCUGGAUAUUUUAGGACUCUACAUGCCACUCACCCCCUCAGCUGCAGGGGAGAGAUUGCUCCUUUUAGUCAUUUCUAAAACGGGUCUGGUCAGUACACUGGACUUGACAGCAGAUGGCUGUGCGUGAGGGUUGUGGGGAGCAGAGCGCGUCCCCCAGGGCCUGGCUCAGGACCUAGGGGGAGAUGGCGGCAGCUGUCUGAGAAGACCUGCAGGUGUCUGUCGGUGAGAUGCCACUCAGCUUCCUGCCACGGGUUCCUGUCACUCACACCCGGAAGAGCCGCCGGGUGGCAUCAGGCAUGAAGGCUGAGAGCAGAGACCACUUCCUCUGCCAACGCCCAGACCUUUCAUCUCGAGAAGACGAUGGCACACGUCAGCCAUCCUUCCGGCCCAAAGCACCGUGGGAAGGGAACCAAAGAGAAACACCACCCUCCGCCCCGCCGAGGUCACUCCAAGCCCAAACAACAGUCGAGUCGCUUUAGUGGUAGGAAGCUGUAUUUUUUGGCCUUUGUUCAGAAUACAGGAAAUUGGUGAAUA